AUGCGUCUCCCUGCAGAUGAUCAAACUGUAUGGUUACUUAAAAUUGCUUCUCGUGUUCGCCAUAGGAACAUCUUAAAUCUAAUUGGUUAUAGUUGCAUUGGUGAUUCAAUCUUAUUUCUCUAUGAUUGUCCUAAUGGUUCACUGGAAGCGUGCUUGUUGUGUGAUAAGGCAGCAACAGAUCUUUCGUGGAACACACGGUGGGGUAUUGCAAUAGAUGUCGGUGAAGGAAUCCGAUACCUUCAUGAGGAGUUUGUAACUGGCUCAAUUGUAAAUCUAUCCAUGGCUUCAUAUAAUGUUGUGCUUUCUAAUGGUUCUUCUGCCAUGCUUAGGAUUUACGAGACAACAAAGCAGGUGAAGCUUGAAGAUGAUCCUUUGAACGAACGCUUGUCAGAAAAAGGCAAAAAUAUCGAUAUGAACGCGGAAGUUAGGGCUGAUGUGAAUGAUUAUGGGGUACUCUUGUUAGAGCUCUUAACGGGACAAAGUAGGCGAUUCUUUGAGAAAGAGGGUCAAUGCCUCGUUGACUGGGUAAGGUUCAUGAUCUCCAUAACUACAUAUGGCAGUUUUGACCCAUUAACUGAUGAAUCGUCGAUGGAGCAACUGCCAGGUCUUCAAUUUGCGAAAACUGGUAUAGUACAAUUCCAUUCGGUCAAGAAGCUUGAUAUUGGUUUAGAGUUCAUGGCUUCACAAACCUAA